AGCUCCCAUAGAAUACUUGUGUUUCACUAUGACGCCUCCUCAUUACUCACUAUAAAAUUCUCCCACACUAUCCUUUCCUCCAUCAAUCAAACUCUUCCCUCUCCUUAAAAAAAACUCCCUAAACUAAUCAUCCUUCACCACUACAAGAACAUAACAAAAGCAAUGUCAUCUUUCCAUUACCCAUUUACAAUACUAUCUUCCAUUUUCUUCUUCUAUAUCUUCCUAAUCCAAUCACAUUCCACAUUAUCCACACAACUACCAACCGAUUCCUCAAACAAUGCAACCACCCGAAUCCCAGCAUCAACACUCUGCCAAUCCACUCAAUACCCAUCUUACUGCAAAUCCAUCCUUCAAUCCGACAACAAAACCGCCAAUGUCUACGAAUAUGGCAGAUUCUCCUUCAAACGUUCCAUUUCCCAAUCUUCAAAAUUCCUUAAACUCAUCAAUAAAUACCUCCAUAACUCCAAAAAACUCAAACUCACACCUUACGCCAUAGCCGCUUUGCAAGACUGUAAAUUCCUCUCAGAACUAAACCUAGAUUUCUUAACUACCUCGUACAUGACCGUUAACAACAACCCAAACAAAACACUAACUUAUCUAACCGCCGAAGACAUCCAUACAUACCUAAGCUCUGUUCUAACCAAUCAACAAACAUGUUUAGAUGGUAUUGAAGCCAUUAAAUCAUCAUGGUCAUUCGAUCAUGGAAUCACUUCACCAUUAUCGAACGAUGCAAAGCUUUACUCGAUUUCUCUGUUUUUAUACACCAAAGCAUGGAUUCCCAAAAAGGGUUCUUAUAAAUCUAAGUUUAAAUCUCAUCCUCAUCAUACCCAUAAGUUUAAGAUGUCUGAUCGAGUUCAGGGAGUGUUGAGAAAUGAGAGGUUUUUACAGAGUGUUAAUGGCGAUGAUGAUGAUGAUGAAGUGCAGAUAAAUGAUGUGGUGACGGUAAGUUUAGAUGGGAGUGGUAAUUUUACGAGUAUUAAUGAUGCAGUAAUGGCGGCGCCGAAUAAGACAGAAGCAGAAGAUGGGUAUUUUUUGAUUUAUGUUACUGCUGGAGUUUAUGAAGAGUAUGUUAAUAUUGAUAAGAAAAAGAGGUAUAUUAUGAUGAUGGGUGAUGGGAUUAAUCAAACUAUUAUUACUGGUAAUCGGAGUGUUGUUGAUAAUUAUACUACUUUUCAGUCUGCUACUUUUGUUGUGACAGGCACAGGAUUUGUGGGAAUGAACUUAACAAUUCGAAACACGGCCGGUGCAAUAAAACACCAAGCAGUAGCACUCCGAAACGGCGCAGAUUUAUCAGCAUUUUAUAGCUGCAGUUUUGAAGGAUACCAAGACACGUUAUACGCACAUUCCCUAAGACAAUUCUACAAAAAUUGCGACAUUUAUGGCACAGUAGACUUCAUAUUUGGUAACGCAAAUGCUGUAUUCCAAAACUGUAAUAUAUACCCACGUUUACCAUUGCCCUUUCAAUUCAAUGCUAUUACAGCUCAAGGUAGAACCGACCCGAAUCAAAAUACGGGUAUUUCGAUCCAAUAUUGCACUAUACGGGCAUCCGAUGAUCUUGCUUAUAGUAAUGGAACAACCAAGACUUACUUAGGGAGGCCAUGGAAACAAUAUUCAAGGACGGUUUAUAUGCAAACUUAUAUUGAUCGUGUGGUGGACCCUACGGGUUGGAGGGCAUGGGAUGGAAGUUUUGCGUUGGAUACUUUGUAUUAUGGUGAGUUUAAUAAUACGGGUCCGGGUUCGAAUCUUAGUGGUAGAAUUGAUUGGAUGGGUUACCAUAUUAUGAAUGCAACUGAUGCUGCUAAUUUUACGGUUUCUACGUUUUUGUUUGGAGAUGAGUGGUUACCUCAAACACAAGUUCCUUAUACUAGUGGCUUGUUUUAGAUUGAAUUUCUUAUUCUUUUAGAGAUGAGUUUUUGUUAUUUUUAACAUUGUUUAUGAAUUUGUAGUUUUGUUGUAUUAAUUGAAAUGUAAUAAAGAUUUAAUAUUUUGAGAAUCUAAGUAAUUUGUAGUUCACGUGCAUGACAAUGUUGCUCUAAUAAAUAAUAAUUAUGUGUGAGGUC